AUGCUGUGCAGUGUCAGUGCAAAAAAUUACUGCCUUUGUUCCUUGCAGGUGGUGAAACAUUAUGAAAGAGCAGUAAUAUUUCGACUAGGUCGAUUACGUGGUGGAGCACAGGGUCCUGGAUUCAUAUUUAUUAUUCCUUGCACUGACAACAUUCGUAAAGUGGACUUGCGUCUACUUACCUUUAAUGUUCCACCACAAGAAAUCCUGACACGUGACUCGGUGACAGUGGAAGUAGAUGCUGUAGUAUACUAUCGGGUAGAGAACCCUCUGAAGGCGAUAGUUUGCGUCAAUGACUACAGAAAAGACGUCAUGCUGCCGCGCAGCAUGCAGCGGGCGAUGGCCGCUGAGGCCGAAGCCACGAGGGAAGCCCGCGCGAAAGUCAUCUCUGCCGAAGGCGAACUCAAGGCCGCUCGAUCUCUCAAGGAGGCGUCCGAGGUGAUGGCGGACAACCCCGCAUCGCUCCAGGUACACUUAAACGUUGAAGCGGCCUCUUCAAAGACAUACCACGCGGAGCGCGCGCCGCGCGGGCCGUCGCCGUGCCGCUGCGAGUGGGUGGGCAGAGGCGAGGGCGCGGAGGCCGAGGUCGCGGCAGCGGCGCAUCCUCCUCAGCCGCGGCAGGCGGCGCGCGGCCGCGAAACGCUCGUGCUGCUGGCGCUCGCGCCCGACGCGCCGCGCCACGAACUCUUCGCCGACAUGGCGAAGGAGCCCGCUGAAGCGGGCAAGCCGCACGUGCCAGGGGUCGCGGGCAGCGCCCGCAUCCAAAUAGACGUCGAAGACGAACAUGGAAGUUAUUGCUUCCAGAUUCUUACUCGCGAUUCGGUGACAGUGGCUGUAGAUGCUGUAGUAUUCUAUCGCGUCCAAGACCCAAAGAAGGCUGUCGUUUGUGUCAGCGACUACAGUGAAGCUACUCGUUACCUGGCUGCUACAACUCUUCGAAACACAAUGGGCAUUCAUAGUUUAAGUGAAAUUCUCUGUUCGAGAGAAACGCUUGCUCGCUCCAUGCAAAUAAUUUUGGAUAAGGCUACAGGAGCAUGGGGUAUCAUAGUCGAGAGGGUUGAAAUCAAGGACGUGCGCCUGCCGAGCGGCCUGCAGCGGGCGAUGGCGGCGGAGGCGGAGGCGGCCCGGGAGGCGCGCGCCAAAGUCAUCUCGGCCGAGGGCGAGAUGAAGGCGGCGCGCACCCUCAUGGACGCCUCCAACAUCCUCACCGACAGCCCCGCCUCGCUGCAGCUACGCUACCUGCAGACAUUGACUACAAUUUCCACAGAACAGAAUUAUACCAUUGUUUUUCCUUUACCGAUGGACCUAAUUUCAGCAGCAAUGAAGAAGUAAAUAAUAUUUUUACAAGUUUCAAGGGUUGACUGCUGAGGAUUAGAACAAAACUGCAUAUUAAAUUGUAUUUUUUAAUUGUAUUAGCACUGUUCAUUAGAUUUGAAAAGUUUACCCACAAUCUGAUUUACAUUUGUUUUAAAUUAUUUUUAUUUUCUGCCGAGAAAACAUUUUGGAAAGAAAUAUUUUCCUGGCUUAAAGUAUCAAAACUUGUUGAAUAAAUAACACUUGCACAUUCUGCAUAUUUGAACAUUGUUGUAGUAAAGUAAGAAAUUAAUUAACAUUAUUAAGGAAUCAAAUGAGUAAAUCUAUCGUUUAUGAGAAACUUUUAAAAAUUGUUUGUAAAUGUUAUGUCAUUGUUGUAAUGGACCACAUAAAUAUAUUCAUUCCAUGCAUCAUACAUUUUUAUUAGUGCAUUAUAAAUAGCCUAUAAAUUAAUAUCUUAAUAGUGGAGAGUAUUUAUAAUUAAGAAUUAUUUUCUACACCAAUCAUUAUUUGGGAACACGAACAUUUUAUUACAUUGUGAUCCUCUAGUAAGGUUCACUACAGAGGAGUUAGAUCAGUUCAGCAUUAAAAAUGCAAGUACCAUGACUCCCAAAACAAAUGGACUUUCAAUAUUCAAACCCAUAAGUCUCGAGGAAACCUCUGAGCACAACUUGAAUUUCUGCCAUUUGUGAUCAAGACUUACAGCUACCAAGUUCUCAAUUUUCUUAUUUCCCAAAGCUAUUAUUACAUUGGCUAUUCGAAACAAAAGCUAUUCACUUCAUUAACGAAACAAAAGUAAGGCAUCUCGAGGCACAGAGCAAAGUCACACCACGGAAGUUCAGUUCUGAUUUCCGUUGAUUCACAGACAAUCUCAUGUGAAAUUGUUCCAACAAAAUGAGUUUGCCUGCUCCCCAAGGACCAACCCCUGUAAAGUGUCCUAAACCCUACCCCUGUCCUAAUUCUGAUUCUUCAAAAGGGAAAUAAAUU